AUCUUAUCUAUUUACUACUACUGUAUUGAUAGUAUGACAGUCGCCAUUAAUUCAGCUCAAGCCACACAACAGCAAUGCGAUUUCCCGGAGGCGCAAAACGUUAUUUAUGCAGAAAUCGAUCGUAUUUCGCCAGAGCUACGUGAGCUCAGUGCUGAUUUACACGCACAUCCCGAAGUGGGCAUGCAAGAGCAUCACGCGCAUGACAUUUUAACAAACUAUCUGGAAAAGAACGGAUUUGAACUGACACGACACGCGUUUGAUUUGGAAACAGCGUUUAUGGCCACGUAUACCAAAGGAUUGGGAUUACGUGUAGGCUUUUGCUCCGAAUAUGACGCUCUUCCUGGAUUGGGACAUGCUUGUGGCCAUAACAUUAUUGCUAUCAGCGGCGUAGCCAAUGCGAUGGCUAUGAAGGCUUUGUUGGACAAGGGAUUGGCAUCAGGAACUGUCGUUCUCUUUGGUUGUCCGAGUGAAGAACCACUGGAUGGCAAGAUUUUGAUGGCUAAGAAGGGUGCAUUUCAAGACCAUGCGGAUGUUUGCAGUAUGCUCCAUCCAGGACCCAUGAACAUGACGUAUUGGGCGGGAACUGCUAUUCAGGACGUUAAAGUCGAAUUUCUCGGAAAGCCUGCCCAUGCUGGUGGCGCACCAUGGAAUGGCGUCAAUGCACUGGACGCUAUUUGCCAAGCGUGGGUCAGCAUUGGUUUACUGCGCCAGCAGUUGCUAGCAACAGAUCGUAUUCACGGCAUCAUUACGGACGGUGGCAAAGCGCCAAACAUCAUUCCAGACCGUACAGCAGGAUACUUUUAUGUGCGAGCCAAGACCACCAACCGCGUUGAAGAGCUGAUGGAGAAAGUCGAAAAUUGUUUCAAGGCUGCUGCACUCGCCACAGGGUGUGAAGUCAAUAUGAAAUGGCGCGAAGCUGGCAUGUGUAAAAAUGUCAUUCAAAACCCGGUAAUGGCUGAAACGUAUGCGCGGUAUUAUCGGGAAUUCGGCAGCAAGGGCAAGCCAAUCGAAUCUCGACAAGCACAAGAAGCGAAUCAAAUGGGUGGAUCCACAGAUUUUGGAAACGUGGCACAUUUGAUGCCUGGCUUACAUCCAUUCUACGAUAUAUACACCGACGAGUUUCCACACACUGAAGGAUUUGCCAAACAUACAGGAACAGAAGAAGCACACGAAGGCACAAUGAUUGCAUCAAAGAGUUUGGCUAUGGUAUCUGCUCAUAUGUUUUUGGAAAAAGGAUUCUAUGAGAAGGCUUAUCAGGAGUUUGACAUAACUGUGCCAAAAGAACAGCGUUGUUAAUUCGUUAGUAAUAGCACGAUAUAAUGCUAUCGUUGUACUUUUGCAUACAUUCGAUAAGCUAAAAAACAUUGUAAAAUAAAUACAUCACUAUGAUA